CGAUAAUAAAGUCGAACGCUUGUACACAAAUAUAUUAUGUGCUCUCAUCUGAUUAUUUAUUAGAUUUAAUCAUAUGUAUGAAAUCUUUUUUUACUAAUUUUCAGCUUGAAAUAUUUUAGUACUCCAGUUUUUUUGUUUUAAGAAGUCAAGUUUAUAUUGUGCCUAAAUUCUGUAUUAUUUAUGGUAAUAUUUUAACCGGACAAGUUACGCAAAUAAUAAAAAAAAUAAUAUUUACCAUUUUAUUUUUGGAGUUCCUGCCAACAUAAACUUUUUGAAGAAGUGUCAAAGUGAGAUAUUAUUAUUUUUAUUAGUUCAAAAAAAUAUUUGGUUUAAAUUAUACUUAAAAGAAAAAUGAGGACUGCAUGUUGCAAUGAAUCUGAUCGUUCAGUGUUUAACGACUACGAAGAAUCAAUAAUAUUCGAUGAAGAUGAUCCGGAUUUUAGACCUAGUGAUGAUUUGGAAUGUAGUUGUAACAAAAAUAUUGAGAAUACUAACAAGAUGUCAGUUACUAGUGUCCAGACUAUGAACAACCAAAGCUUGAUGAACAUUAAUGACAAAAUGCUCGAUAACAUGGAUAUAGUCAGUGAUCUUGAGCAGGCAGUAACUCUAGAAGAGCUCAAAGAAGUUUUCAAAUAUUGUUUCCGAUGUGGAGUUAACUGGGAGCAACGUCACGUAUCAUUAGAUUGCUUAGAAUGCGGUGGAUAUUCCCUUGAGAGGCCGUGUCCUAUUUGUGCAGGACACUGUCGAAAUAUUUGGAAACGUGAUCUUGAAGAAUCUCAUAGAAGUGGUGAGGCGAGCUGGAUGGGAGAAUGUUCCUCAAAAUGUAAAGAAAUGGAUCGUGAUGUCAAUCAAAUAUGUAAUAGACUCGAAAAAGUUAAAGCUACCUUUUGA